GUUGAUGGUGAUUGCGCCACACUCGAGAGGGCCUGUGUUGUUUGCGAGCCUGAGUGUUGCGUGUGCAGUAUAUAUGUAUUCCAUCGUGCCCUUUGUCCUCCCUGCUGUGCUGUCCAAUCCCUCAGAUCUCGAUCCCAAUCACAACUCACAACAUAACCAAAGUACCCCGCCGCCCAUUUCUACAGUAGCAACCUCCAGGACCAGCCUCACUGUAUCGCAUCUACACUCUUCCACCCUCUCGGCAUAGAUCGAACCUCCACAACCCACCACACCCACACACUUCCACAAUGGCCCAGGACGAGUCAAGGCCAUCGCCGCCCUCGCGGUCCUCCACCUCGAGCUCCAAGCGGUCGCUGACCCUGGACCUCUCAGGCCUGCCGCCGCUGACGCCGCCGGUGCAGCCGACCAACACGCUCCUCUUCACCAACCUGCUCGACCUCGACAUCUUCCGCCCCGACAACCUGCAGACCAUCCGCGACCUCGUCGCCCAAACGGCGCCCGUGCACUCGUGGGCCCCGCUCAAGUCGUUCCGCCGCAUCGUCGCGUCCUUCUACUCGGCCGAGGCCGCCGUCGCCGUCCGCCGCGCCUGGGACGGCGAGGACAUCAUGGGCGCGCGCUGCAACGUCUACUUUGGCCGCCCCACGCCGCUCGACGCAAAGGACGAGCGCCUCGCCCUGCCCGACGCGGGCAAGCUCUUCUUCAUCUCCCCGCCGCCCUCGCCGCCCCACGACUGGGAGAUGCGCCUCGAGGGCGCCCCCAACAAGCUCGUCCACGCCGAGGACCUGGCCGACGCCCUGGCGAAACUGCACCACCACAAGCCCGCCGACGCCGACCUUGUUCUCGCCGAGUCGCCCCUGUCCCCCGCAGAGAGCUUAGCCGCCGGCCCCUCCCCGACCUCGGCCCGCGCCGGCGCCACGAGGAGCCGGAGCUCGACCCUCAUCUACCAGCCCCAGCAGGUCGGCGCGUCCCCGGACCUGCCCGCCAUCGCCGUCGAGGACAUGACCGAGGACCCCGAGGAGAUGAGCCCCAUUGACUUCAACAGGCCCAUACUGGCCCACACAUCCCGUCCCCCCGUCGAGCUGAUGCACCACGCCUGAGCCCGUUUGUUUGAUUGGCUUUGCAUGGCUAUCAGGGAGGGGCCGUCUCGCACAACGCAUACACGCAACAAACAAACAAACAAACAACAAAAGUACAAUAAUUCCUAACACGCGCACACAAAGUCCGUGGCGGAGAGAGUCACCGCUUGCUGCGCCUCGCUGACCCCCCCGCUCCCGGGCGUGAGCGGACGGACACCGAGCCUCGUAAUCAAACACCUGCUACCACCACCGCCCCAAAAAUGCUGCGGCGGGGCAAUGCACGAGUUGUCAGGACCUGGUCCCCAGAGACCGCAACCUUCAUCGCCCGAUGGCGCCUCUCCCCUGGCCGGGAAGCCGGGCCGAUUUUCUCCAACCCCACCCGUAGACGACGCCGCCCGAGAGGUCAAGGAGACGAGGCGAAAUAACAAAGCGGUCUGACACAGGUACGCGUGUGGCGACUUCUGAAUGGAGAUGUGAUGGAGUUUAGGGGGAGCAGGAGCCUUGAGCUGCCCGCGCCUCGGGAAAAAAAAACAUACAUCAAAUCAAAUGUACAGAUAUAAACCCAAGAGAUGACGCAUCUAUGAAAUGCGCCUCCAUCAACAAAUGGUCGAAUGAAAUAUUGCUUACUGCUACCACCCAA